GCCGAAAUGGCGGCUAAACAACAGAGAGUGCAUCAUACAAUUCAUUGGUUUCGUAAAGGACUACGUCUUCACGAUAACCUUUCCCUUAAGGAAGCUUGUGAAACAAGUUUAACGCUCAGACCAGUGUACUUUAUUGAUCCAGAUUAUGUGAAGCAUGGAAACAUGGGAUUCAAUCGAUGGAGAUUUCUGAUUCAGUCUCUCAAUGACUUGGACAACAAUUUGAAGAGUUUAGGGUCGAGGUUAUUUGUUAUUCAGGGGAAGCCUGAAUUGGAAUUACCUAAACUUUUCAAAGCAUGGAAGAUCACAAAAUUGACAUUUGAAUUUGAUCAUGAGCCUGAAGGAAGGCAAAGAGAUGCAAAGGUUCAUGAACUUGCUACCAAAGCUGGAAUUGAAGUUGAAACAAAAGUCUGCCACUCACUUUAUGACUUGGAUAAGAUUAUUGCCAAGAAUGGUGGAACAGCCCCCCUAACCUACAAGAAGCUUUGUUCAGUGGUGGCAUCACUGGGGUCACCUUUGAAGCCUAUUCCCACAGUAGACAAAAGUACUUUUGAUGGCUGCUCUACUCCAGUGGGUAAAGGAAAUGAGUACCAGCUGCCAACACUUGAGGAGCUGGAAAUUGAAACACCUGAAGAGUCAAGUACAGUCCUUUUCCCUGGUGGGGAGUCAGAAGCUCUUAGACGACUUGAUGAACAUAUGCAGAAAGAGGAUUGGGUGAACAAGUUUGAGAAGCCUAACACAUCACCCAAUUCUCUCCAACCAAGCACUACUGUUCUUAGUCCAUAUGUGAUGUUUGGCUGUCUCUCAGCAAGGCUGUUUUAUCACAGACUGUCUGAUGUGUAUUCGAGAGCGAAGAAACACUCUAACCCACCAGUUUCCUUACAUGGACAGCUCCUGUGGCGGGAAUUCUUCUAUACAGCAGCAUAUGCUACACCUAACUUUAACAAAAUGGAGGGCAAUCCAGUCUGUUUGCAAAUUCCAUGGAACAAUAACCAAGAGUUUAUCCAAGCUUGGUCUGAAGCACGCACUGGAUAUCCUUUUAUUGAUGCCAUCAUGACUCAACUAAGGAGAGAAGGUUGGAUUCAUCACUUGGCACGUCAUGCUGUAGCUUGUUUCUUAACAAGAGGAGACUUGUGGAUUAGUUGGGAAGAAGGACUGAAGGUGUUUGAGAAGUUGCUUCUUGAUCAUGACUGGAGUUUAAAUGCUGGCAACUGGAUGUGGCUGUCUGCAAGUGCAUUUUUUCAUGCUUACUUCAGGGUUUACAGCCCCAUUGCAUUUGGUAAGAAAACAGACCCUAAUGGAGAUUACAUCAAGAAAUACAUUCCAAUUUUGAAGAAAUAUCCACCCAAGUACAUCUAUGAGCCCUGGACUGCCCCGGUGAGCAUACAGAAAACAGCAGGAUGUGUGAUUGGGAAAGAUUAUCCACGUCCAAUUGUGGAUCACAAAGAAGUUGUUAAAAUCAAUAUCGCACAGAUGAAAAAAGCCAGAACAGAACGUGAUGGUGAUACUGGUAUGGAGGAAGAAUCUUCAGAGGAAAAGAAAAGCUCACCAGGGAAAAAAAGGAAGACUAACAAAGAAGCCCCACCAAGCAAGAGGUCAAGAAAAAUUACAGAGUUUUUGAAAACCUGAUGAGGCUUUUGUGAUACCCACAGGCACAAGUCAGGGAUUUAUAAGGUGGCACCACGAACUGUUUUUUUUCUCCACUGACUCUCUUAGGUAAUGCCACCGUUAUCUAUGUUUAGAGCUUUGUCUCCUUAUGUAAGGUUUUAAUGCAGCUAGGUCUGUCUAACAGAUGUUGCUUUUUAGACUCAAUGUCUCAUGUAAAGUUUCUUUUAGUUGUCAAUGACAACUUUUAAACUACUCUUCAUAUUGUUAGAAAUUGUACUUUACCUUUUGAAUAGUUUUAUGUUCUGUAACAUUAAAAGUUGAAUAAAGUUU